CGUGCAGCUUUACUUAAAAAAUUAACGGCCAAACACUUAACCGAAAGUUUCUUUUACGAGUUAAGAUGGGUGUCCGAGAUCGGGCUAUAGUUUACUUUGACGGCGUUUUGAAGUUAUUAGGAGUAAUUCAUGGUAUGUUCGGCGGCUUGUUGAUUGUGCUGGGAAUCGUGGUACGGCUUGUUGUUUAUCACUGGACCAGCGAAAUGCUUCUUCCCCUCUGGAUUGGAGUCAUAAUUGCUGCCACAGGGGUUAUUGCAGUACUGGAUUCCAACAUGGAGAACGCAGAAAGCUCCAAAAAGUAUUAUUUGAUCGACUUCCUGCUGUUGUCAGUGGUAUCGUUGCUCCUGUCCAUAAUGCUGAUCAUCUGUUACAGCAUGGCAGUACACACGGUAUUCACAGGUGAACAAGUCGGAUCGUUCAGUUGGUAUUCCUACAACAGAACUCCUGAUCAGAAUGUUACACGAACCAAAACCUUAACCACAUUUGUGCUCUUUUUUUCUUGUUUGGAGUUUUUGCUUUGUCUUGGUUCCAUCGCAUACGUUAGAUAUGCUUAUAGACGAGACUUUAAAAGGAAGCCGAAAUCAAGAAUUGAAGAGAAUGCACCGUAUUUUUCUGCCAACGAUACGAACGAUGCUACUCUUUUCUAGGAGCAGUUUCAAAAAGCUCCGGUUAAAGUUCCUUCGUUAAUUUGUUAAUCGAGUUCAGUGGAAUUAUGUAACACAGCUCGACACACUUUUAAACGUCUCUUUGGCCCAGUCGCAGUUUUAAAUGAAAUAGAAUUAUAUUAAUGAUUAUAAUGGGUAGAUACAUUGUAAUACACUUACACAGGAGUCUUGCACAGGAGCGUCAUUUUAGUUACAUCCCGCAUAGAUUCAAUAGGCCUUGCACGUGUUAUCAGAGUAAACCCACCGUUGAUAAUCAAAGGAGAUGGGUUUAAAUAGAAAGACCGAGUUCCCUAAUUUUGGUGUAAUGUCACCAAAAUGAUUAAAUUAGUAAAAGAGA